AUGUCCACAGACCGGCGGGGUGUUAGUAAGAUCGGCAUGCGUAGCAGGAUGGGGCUGGCAGGGAUGAUUGAUCCGACCUACAUCCAGGGUAGCAGCUAUUGCUUCAAUCUGUAUCGGGGAUUCAUGGAAGUGCCAAUCAACAGUCUCUAUGAGCUGAGGGCUCGGCAGCUCACUUACUUCUCCAUGGAUGAGAUUUGUCAGUCAGUUUCCGGUCCGGGAAAGGAUACUGUUUACAAUGCAAGCGGUGAAAAUGAGGAUGAUGAAUGA